UUCUAUAAAACCGACCGUUCAAGCUGCAGCUCUGGACAGAUGAGGAGGGGGUGAGGGGUGGCCGGUGGUCCGUGCGUAACGGAGGAAGAGGGCUCGCUGCUUUUUCUGACCGGUUGGUAAAAGUAUAGCCAAACAGUUCUGUGACGGCGGAACAGCCAAUGAACAUAAAUGGUGCGUCGUGACGCAACAGGGCCCCGUUGAUAAGGAGCGGAGAGUCCAACCGGGACCUGAGAAGGAGGAACGGCGGUUUUGGGGGGCCUGCAAACACUCGCCUAUCAUCAGUCAACGUAAAGCCAACUCCUCCUCCUCUGCUGUUACGCACAUGUAUGCAGCCUCCUUGGCAAAAGACAAAACAUCAACUAAACAGACUACUGUAAAGGAAAACUGCUUCUUCUAGACGACCGGCGGGAUUUUAUAAGGCAAAGCCUGUGUGUUUUUGAUUUUUUCGAUUUUUCUCUGCAAAGAAAAAGUAGCUUGAGAGACGUAAAUCAGCUGCUGUAAGCAUCAACUUGGACUGUUGAACCUGGAGGAGGAGAAAGCCUUUAUCACAAGCUCUCUGGCAGCUUUUUCUCUAUUUUUAUUUUGGGGGAAAUUGAAUUUUUCUGACUGUGUGAUGCAACAGAAGGCUACUAUCCAUCCAUCUUUUGGCAGUGCCAGUUAUAUAUAGUUAACUGUUCUUCAAAAAAGGGGGGAGAGAAAUUUGCCAAUGCCUUGCAGACUGUCGAAACCCUGAAAUAUUACUCCCAGCGAGGAGGAGGCUUCGGUGCUGAGACACAUACAGCGGGAGCUUCCAUAGUUGGUAUGUUUAUUCACCGUACAUGGAAAAGAUGUAGAAACAGUAAUGCUGGUAACGCCGUAAAUCCAAUCUUACUUGAUAGAAAAUAGACUCCAGGAAGAGUAGCGAAAUCUGUACGGUUAUUAAUGAAUUAAUCAUAGCUUAUUAAUAAUGAGAGCUGCAGAGAUUCGGAUGACGGUUUCCAUUGGCAGAUGAGACGUAGUGUGGAGAACACGUGUUCAAUUUUUCCCUCAUAUUUUUUCCUCCCUGAUCUGGAUUUCUCACUUGUCACGGCGAGAAAGGAAAACCAAAAAAAAAAAAAAAAAAAAAAGAAUCGAGAAUUUUGAGUGGCAUUAUUGCGCAGGGUUUUGCCUCUGAUGGACAUCUUGGCUUGCAGAUCCGAAGAGAACAGUUAUAAUAUCCUCCCGUCUGCUGCAACGAUGCUUUUCCAUGGCCUCCCUGGAGGCGACGUGCACGGUGUGGUGGAAGAAAUGGACCGGAGAGGAAAAAGCGAGUCAGCAGCCAUCAGCUCAGCCAUCGAUAUGGGGGAAUCAGAGACGUCCAUGCCGUGUAUGGCUAACGAGCGUGUAGCUCUGUGCGCGGGCUGCGGCAGGAAGAUCGCGGACCGCUACUACCUGCUGGCCGUGGACAAACAGUGGCACAUGCGCUGCCUCAAGUGCUGCGAGUGCAAACUCAACCUGGAGUCCGAGCUUACUUGCUUCAGCAAGGACGGCAGCAUCUACUGCAAGGAGGACUACUACAGAUUUUCGGUGCAGAGAUGCGCUCGGUGCCACCUGGGGAUCUCAGCCUCGGAGAUGGUGAUGCGGGCCCGAGACCUGGUCUACCACCUCAACUGCUUCACCUGCACCACCUGCAGCAAGAUGCUCACCACCGGGGACCACUUUGGCAUGAAGGAUAGUCUGGUGUACUGCCGGCUGCACUUUGAGACUCUCAUUCAGGGAGAAUAUCAGACACAUUUUAACCACGCGGACGUUGUCCCACACAAAGGCCUGGGCCCGGCCAACACGCUCGGACUAUCCUACUUCAACGGCGUGGGGACAGUUCAGAAAGGACGGCCCAGGAAGAGGAAAAGCCCCGGGCCGGGGGCCGAGCUGGCUGCUUAUAACGCAGCACUGAGCUGUAACGAGAAUGACGGCGAGUCCAUGGACCGGGACUCUCAGUACAGCUCCAGUCAGAAGACCAAGCGCAUGCGGACGUCUUUCAAGCACCACCAGCUGAGGACCAUGAAGUCCUACUUCGCCAUCAACCACAACCCAGACGCCAAGGACCUCAAGCAGCUCGCCCAGAAGACUGGCCUCACCAAGCGGGUCUUACAGGUAUGGUUUCAAAACGCUCGGGCCAAGUUCAGGCGGAACCUGCUGCGGCAAGAGAGCACCGGGGUGGACAAGGCGUCCGACGGCUCCACGCUGCAGGGGGGCACGCCGUCCGGACCGGCCUCGGAGAUCUCCAAUGCCUCCAUGAGCCCCUCCAGCACCCCCACCACCCUGACAGACUUGACCAACCCCACCAUGCCCACUGUCACCUCUGUGCUCACCUCGGUGCCGGGCAGCAUGGACGUCCACGAGUGCCGGAGCCCGUCACAGACCACGCUGACCAGCCUCUUCUGAUGAACCCAGUAACUCGCCCCUGCUCCCUGCUCCCACUUACCUCUGCUCCUUCUGGAUCUAAUACUGAGCACUGUUCACUCCUAGGAACACUCAACGGAUUAGAAAAGAGAAGGAAACUGAACAACAAAAAAAAAAAAGACUUCACUUCUCUGUGAGUCCAUUAGAGACUAUUUGCAUAGUGAGGCGGCCAAGCCUUACAGAUGGAACAGUUGUUGUUAUUUUGAUGUUGUUGUCUUGUUGAGAACUGAGGAAGCUUGAUUUGCAUUUUCCAAUGUUUACAGAAUGAGACUGCAGAGGGGGGGAAAAAACUGCUUCAUUUUUGAAAAUUCUUUUUUUUUUUUCUUUUUUCCCCAGCACAGUAUUUAUGUUGUUGUACAAGAGUCACUGUUAGAAGGAUUGUGAAAAAUUCUUUCUUUCUUUUUUUUUUUUUUUGAAAUCUGAGAUUAAACACAGGUUACAAUAUCCUACGACUGCAGUGUGCCUUACAGUCCAUUUAUCGUAACUGCUGUUCUAAACAUUUGAUAACAUGUGAACGAACAGGGCUGGGCGGUAUGGGUACAUUACCUCUACUGCUUGUACGCAUGUAUGUGUGUGUAUGUGUGAGCGUGUGCGUUCUUUGAUCUGUUCCUGUUUGUGUUGGUGUGUCUGCACGUGCUGUGCUUUAAUAAAAAAAAAAAAAAGAAAAAAGUAAAAGCACAGUGAUGUGAGUUAUGGCAAACUAAUUAUUGUUUGUUUUUUAAGAAUCUCCUCCUCACUUUGUCAGUAACAGGAUUUGAACAGAGCUCAAAAGCUGCUGUACACGAGGACAUAGUGUUCAAACACGACUAUUUCAUUUGAUUAAAUGCAGAACUGAUCUCCAGAGAGACCUCACAUGUUACUGUAUGUAUAUGUUGUGUAAGGACUACUGCUUUCAGCUCCCAAAAAUAUUCCGCUUUUAGUUUGCGUCGAAACACAUUCACCUAAGCCGUGAACUCCUUCCCUGCUCAGGGGGAAACAUCAGUGAUAUAAUCUGUAACCAGAGAGAAAUAUCUACUGUUAGGGUGCAAUAUUAUUAUUCAUGUCUCUAAAGACAAGGCAUUCCACUUAUAUUGCGAUUAUUUGAUUAUAUUAAUUGAAGAAAAAAAAAGUCUUUCAUUAGUUAUGAAAAUGUGUGGAUUUAUUUUUUUUUUCCAUUUCUGAGGAAGCUUAAAAUUGUGUUGCUGUGUUGAAUUUCUUUUUAUUUUUUAAUUUUUUUUUUGUUGAGCGGGAUGGAAAAACACAUGCUGUGAAUGGGAGGAGAGCUGCUGGUGGAACACACUGAUCGGUCCCAGGCUGCUGUAACGAACCUCACUGAGCUUUUCAUGCUGUGCUGCUUCUGCACAAUCCUGUAAACAUCCCUGUUGUCCUCAGCUCUGUAAGAAAUAUAAACACUAUCAAUUAUAA